GUAGUAUACAAACAAAAUGUUUAAUGGAGCGUUAUCUAUAUUCAAAUUUACUACUUAAGUUUUGCUUCAAAUAUCGUAAUGCAUCUACAACCCGCAAUCCCGCAAUAAAAGUCUCCAGUACAAGAUGGCAGCAGGGACAGCGCGAUCGGCCGGCAGCAUCCAGGCUUAGUAGUUUGUCAUCCGUCUACUAGGCAGCAGUGUUGUCAGUCUCCAUAAUUAUGGUUCACCGUUUGAACGAUAUAUGCUCCUGUACCCACGCGCAGUUCUGUUAAUGGCCCCGCGCGUUCACGAGGGGCAAUCCAAACGGUCGUUUACGUACACAAGCGUCGUCUGCGGGGUCGCGUGUCAUUAUUAGUUUCGCGAUUAACGCGUUGACGUCUGAUAGACGUGAGUGACAGUCGAAAAGUGAGGUUAUGUAAUUGUUUGGAGUGUCUUUCGCGCGUCGUUUGAUGCCAAUACAGUAUAGAAGUGACAUGUGACCAGGAACUGUGACCGUUGAUAAGUGCAAGUGACACGGCGCUGUCGUUACGAAAAUUGAAAAAAAGUUUAGACAAAGGGCACACGCCAAGGAGACAAAACUGUUGAGUACGGAGGAAACGAGUGGAUACCGUUAAUACAAUCUUCCGUAGGACAAAGAGAAGUGUUGCUGCGUGAUCCUGUGUCUGGUGCAUAAUUGUGACAUUUCUGAUAUUGUUGCCGUUAUGAGAUUCCAGAGAAGGACGUUAUGAUUACCCGGUGAAUUUCUAUUGAAAAGAUUCCCCUCAAAGACAUCCCUUAUAAACUGAACAGUAUAUAACAUUUCAGGAGUAACAAGAGACUGAAUGGUGGAAAAAGCUUGAGAUAUACAUAAAGAAUUGUACAAUUUUGAAAACGUACGGAAUAGUAAACAAAAAUUGUGAAGAAAAACUGAAAAAUCAACCCUCUUGUUUCCAGCACAUGUAGUAGACCCUCAAUUAUGACUCCUCCUUAGUCAGAGACUCCUGAGACUCUCUCUAUCCCUUUCUCCUUCCUUUUCUAGGAGAGAAGGAACUCGUACCGUUCCCGAGUCUCUUGCUGAGACUCGUUCCAACUAGUACGAGAGGAUUCUCCACUUGGAUUCUCUGUAUCAAGCAAGUCGAAGAGGAACACGCUGCCCUCGCUCAACUACCUGUUGUGACGUUCAGCAAAGGAAAACGCUCACCGGGCCGGACACAAUCGGUAUCCAUAGUGCGAGCUGUAUUGGCUCGAUUCUCAGUCAAUGAGAAUAAGCCUAGUGUUUUCUCUUGAGGUGCUGAAGCAAAGAGCAGGAAAGAGAGGGAUACUCUUGGGUCAGAUAGGCUGAUCGAGAGCGAAAGAGGCAGAGAGAGAGAUACAUAGUGGAGAGUAGAGUCUGGAUGAGCGAGAGAGAGGGACUGGUGCGCUCGUGAACGACAGAGAGGUUGCUCAUGAGACAGAGUGAGAAAGAGAGAGAGGGAGAGACAGAGAAACCGAUCGAGAUCGUGGAGGUCUGGCUCUGGCAGCGGCGCGCUUCCCGGCCACUUCUUAUCGGGAAUUUAGUCGCGCGAGCGUCGUGCCGUAGCAGAGAGUGGCGCGACAUACUUCGUACCAAGUAUUUCUGACAGAGACGAUUUUAAAAGAGGGAAAUGGUAAACGUGUUGAAAAUCGUGCAAUUUUUAUUUUUUAUUAGAUACCAUUGCGUGGCGCGCGUGUUCGAGAAAGACUCUUUGGAGGAUACCGAGAAUCUGUAGUAUCCCAGGAACUCAUGAACUGAAGAAGUUACUGCCGUUUCGCAUCGUGCAUGUUCGGCAAUGUUCGAGGACAUUCGUUUUAAAAACAACGGAGGUCAGCCGGGCAUACUCUGGAAGGAGCUGUUAAUAUUGUUUACAGUAUAGUUGAAUCGGUUCUACCGACUCUCAGUGAUUUUAAGAGAGCAGCAUCGUAUUAACCUCCUCUGAGGUUCGGUCGGUUUUGUGACAGUGAGUUGUGAAGUGGACACGUGGGCUCUCGGUACGUGCGGUGAGAGUGAAAACUGGAUUGUUGUUUCUGCCUUGCAAACAACCGAGGAAAGUGCACGAAUGUUGAGCAUCGUUUGUGGCUUAUCGGUUUCUUCGUAUUGGUUUAGUUAUCUAUAAACACGUAGUGGACAGUGAUUAACUUUGACCAAGUCUUCUGCACCGGCUCUUAACCGCCUUCUCUCGUUACGGAGUGUAAGGUCUGAGCGGUAUGGUAUCAGAGCGACAGUGAGAAAAAGUGAAUUAGUGCUAGUGAGAACGGAUUCACUUAAUAAGAUACUCAACUCUUAGAUCAAUUUCGAGUGUGACUGUUAACCUGAUGUAAAGACAGUACCCGUACGUAUAGUACCUAGAGUGGUUGGUUUGAUUGACCUUGAAUACUGAAGUGGAACAAUAGGCAGUAGUGAAGUUGAAGUGAUAACGAAGAAAGAGGACCGGGAGGAAUUCGAAGAGUAUAUGGAAACUUGCGUGACGAAAAACUAGCUCCGCGGAUGAGCGUUCUCAGAUGAUCGUUGAGCGGAAGUUGAGGAUUGCAGUGGGGCGGCAGAGGAUGCGUGGGGUUACGGAAGAGGUUGCAGCACGCGGCUGGCCUUAUAGUAGCAGGGGCUCUCACUGAGCUGGCUUACUCUGCGGUGGAUCUAGGGGGCUGUAUGGAGGCCGGGGGGCUGUUGCCCCGCCAGCCCCCACAAGGCCCCCCCGGCUCAGCCCCAGGGCCCAUUUCCGUGUGCGCGGGUGCGGCCCAGGGCCCAAACAAUCCUAACCAAUCUCCAAUCCAGCCGGCUGAUCUUAACCCCAACAACCAGUUGAACGUGACGAAUCAGCAGCUGCAGCUGCAGCAACAAAUGGGGCAGGCUCCCGGUAUGGGGGAGGUGUUAACCCCCAAGAAACAGGCUGUUGUCGAUAGGCUCAGACGUAGAUUAGAAAAUUAUCGAAGACGACAGACUGAUUGUAUUCCACGAUUUGAUCAGAGCUUCAAUGGACUAUGCGAGCAGAACAUACAGGACACCCUGGCGCUCAAGCAACGCUUCCUCGAGAGCAAGGCCAAGCGACAGGCCAAGAAGACGGACAAGAAGCAGAGCGAGCCUGUUGGCCUUUCCAACGUUCACGUGCAGCAGAAAUUCCUGAAGAGGACGGCGGAGGAGUUGGAGCCUACCGGUGGCGGAAGUGGGGAUGGUGGGUUUGGCGAACCCCCGGUGAAGCUUCAGUGUACUCAGGCGCAACAUCAGCAUCAGCAGCAAGCACCUGGUGGCGGUCCUCCACAUCAUGGACACGGUCAACAUCAACCCGGUAACGGUGCCAACUCCUCGGGUCCUCCCCCAGGAGGUAACGAGGGUCUCACCAAGUUCUCCGUGGAGAUCGUACAGCAGCUGGAGUUCACGACGUCGGCGGCGAACUCGCAGGCCCAGCAGAUCUCGACGAACGUCACGGUGAAGGCCCUGACGAAUGCCUCGGUGAAGAGCGACCUGGUGAAUUCCUCCUCCCCGAAGUCAGGACCCGAUGCAACAGCUUCGGCAGGGUCCCGUUCCCAAGCAGGACCCGGUGGCGGUGGUAUCGGAUGCGUGGACAUCGGUAACCUGGUGGAGUGCAAACAGGAGCCUGAUAACGACUUCGUCGACCUGGAACAGUGCGCGGCUGCAUUGGAAAAGGAUGCCGCGGCGAACGGCGCCGGUUUUCCGGGAUUCUCGGACUUCAUCGGCGACGACACCGGAGACGAGAUCAUUACCUCGGAUGCCUUCAAGGAUCUAAUCUCCGAGAUAUCGGACUUCCAUCCUGAGUUCAUGAAGGACUUUGACUUUGAGGACAAGAGCGUGGAUACUUUGGCUAACAAUGCAGCUAAUAACGUUACCAACAAUGGACAGAUUAAAAUCGAGGAUGAUAAGGAUGCUAUUCAUCAGCAUAAUAAUAACAACAACGGUACCACGGUACAGUCCAACUCCAGUCCUGGUGCACUUGGUUCCUCGCAGUACUCGCCGGCGAGGCUGCCCUACUCCAGUUUGGAUUUUAAGUCUGAGAUGAGUCCCGCUGCUCAGACUCUGAAGCAGAUGGCUGAGCAACAUCAGCAUAAGAGUCAACAGUUGGGUCUGGGAGGUUUCAAUCCUGGUGCGGCGGCCUCUAGAGGGCCCACCGCUAGGUCGCCGUACGCGGAGUUUCCUCAGUUCGCUGGAACGCCCGAUUACCUGGGUAGUCCUGGAAGUACGGGUCCACCAGGAAGUCAGAACCAGAGUGCGCCUAGUAAUGCCGCAUACCAUAAGAACAAUGGGAACCCAAAUUUUCAGAGUCAACAGGCCGCGGACAUGUUUGGCACUCAGAAUCAAUUCUCUGGUCUGGCGGAUAUGAAGAGGCCCCAGCCUGCCGGAGGUAAACCAAAUAUGUUGGGACCUACUGGCGGAUACAAACAACAGUAUUCACCCUAUGGUAGUCCUGGCUCUAUGCCCAAUCAUGGAAGUCCUGGAUAUCCAUUGCCACCUAGAGGAUCUCAGGGAGGCGGACCCAAUCAAAGUGGCUCGCAAGGAUCCUUUUCAAGUUCCACCCCGCCGAGGCCGCCUUCGGGACCAGGGACGUCCACGCUCCAGAUCAAUCAGGCGCAGCAACUUCACAUCAGCAAUCCAGGACAUCAGAUACAGGUUUCAGCGGGUCAACAUAUGCAGCUCACCGGUGACUUGAAACCAGGAGUUUCCGUGGCCGCUCAACAGGGCAUGUACUUCAAUCAGCAACAAGCUCAAAACCAGUCGGGUCCCGGAGGUCAGACCGAUACGUAUUGUUCGGUCUCCCAGUCGCAGACCAUCAACUUCACUCAACAGAGUCUACGGCAGAGGGCAGCUGCAGGUGGGGGUGUUCCUCAACCUGGUCCAGCCACCGGAGCACGUGGUCAUCCUCAGCAAGGCCCACCUGGUCAGGUUGAUCAACAUCAACAUGCCAAAUUGCUACAGCAACAGCAGAUGAUGCGUGCGCAGCAGGUGAUGCAGCAGCAGCAGCACAUGGCCGGUGGUAUAGGAGGGGUGAGACCUCCACCCCCGGAAUACAAAGCGGCCGCACAGGCCCAAAUGAUGCACGCGGGCAUGGGAAUGGGUCAGCAAGCCAGGUUCCAAAAUGCGGGACCAAUGCGUAGAGUCACUCAGCAGCCAAUGCCGCCAUCCGGUCCGAUGAUGAGGCCGCAAAUGGCGCAGCAACAGCAGCAACAGGCGUUGCACGCGGCCGGCGGCAACAUGUACAUGGGUGGCGGCGGCAUGGCCGCCAUAGGUGGGAUGCACCAGAUGCACCAGAGACUCGGUUACCCCAGGACGAACAAUCAGCGGCCGCCUAACGUGAGCGUCGGUCCACCGGACGGCUUAGGGAACAACAUCGGCGGUCGUGGUACUCAGCAGGAGUGGCGACACCUGCUCAUGCAGCAGCAGGGUUUCCAGGCGCAGAUGCGACCUCAGUUCAACCAGCAGGGUCAUCAAGGUGAGUCGAGCGCCGCAGCGACGGCAGCACGACGGAUAUCAACCUCGGCUACGAGGCCAGGAGGACCGAGCGACGCGAGCUUACUCGCCUCUCGCCGCCUUCUUCCAGGUGGCUUUGGCAUGGGCGGCGCAGGUGGAAUGCAAAUGAGCGCAGCUCAGAUGCAACACCAGCAGCAGCUGAUUCGCUCCCAGAGCGGAGCCAUGGCUGGCCCCGGGAUGGCCAACAGCAGUCAGAUGCAGCAGCUACUGUCACAGCAGCAUCAGCAACAGACCCUGGCUAUGCAGCAGGGCAACAGUCAGAUGUCCAUGCAGAUGCAAAUGUCACAGUCGUCGUCUGUUAAUUCCGUCACGACCACGGGAACGGGUUCUCCGCUUCAUCCGCAUCAGCAGUACGGCGCUGGUAGUCCCGGUGUCAGGAGUUUGCCCCAGCAACAAAGUCAACCACCUCCGGCUGCCUCGGAUCCCUCCGUGGCAGCAGCCGCUGACUUCAGCCUAGAAUUUCUCGAGAAUCUACCCGCCGGGGACACGUCCAACUUUAGCGCCCAGGAACUUCUCAAUUCCCUCGAUUCUACGGCCGGCUUCAACCUCGACAUUCUGUAAGACCACGCCCCAUGGUCUAGUCUACCGUCGAACUAACUCACCGGUGUUCCAUAACGUAAACGGCCAUUCUGUGUUCCUCUUCCUCGCGUGCUCUACGAUAUCGACGAAUUCUCGCUACUACCGACUACUUCUGUCCUUGCCAGCAUCGUUCCUGCUACUAGCAGUGCUAGUAUCGCUCUUGCGCCUACUCGUGCCACCUAGUUCAUUUCCUCUGUCUCUACCCCAUCAACUUCCAGCCCCUGUAUAGAUUGAACCUAUUUUCCUUUUGGCCUGUGUCAGCCGAAUGGGAUUCCUCCUCGCUGCCGUUAGCGCCAACGCGUAAUCAAUAGGUUGUGACUACCCACGAAAUUUAAAUGCGAUGACAGAGCGAGUUGCGUCCAGGUCGUCGCCGUGAUGGGUUUUACAAAAAUUUUUUUUUGUAAUUCGAGGAAUACGUGAUGUCUGGUAUCGAAGUGGAGGAGUAGCAGCAAUGAAUCCGUAUCCCGUAUUAUUUAUGUGGAUAUGCAUUUUGUACUUUUGAGAGUACAAACGAGUAUUGCUUUUCAAAUCGGUUGAAUCGUAUGAUCGGAUCUUCCUUCUCUCGUAGGAAAUAAUCGCUGAUCGCGCGGGUCGCGCAUCUUAUAUUGGCUGAUCAUUUCUGUGCGAUUAUCAUCGCCCGAUUUAUGAUAGGCAAUCACGUAUUAGUUUAAUUGUAUUUUCUAUCGGAAUUAGGGCCCAAAAGGUGUCUCGACGACCGUGUAAUAGAAAGUCAAGAGAGACGCCUAACCGUUUACUCUCUUUAUUUGCUCUCUUUCUUCUUCCUCGAUUACAGCUCAGUGAGACUACAUGUUGUUAUUUUUCUUGCUCAGGAAAGAUGUAUCUUUUUGUUUUUCUUUUUUUUUGUUUCUUCGUCUUUUCGCCUAUCGGGGAAGAUAACUUCUCUUUUGUUCUAUACGGACACUCAGGGGGCCUUUAUUACUUGUUAUUUAAAGCAAAUGAGGCGUACUCGUCUCAUCUCGCGAUUCUCUUGAUUUUCUGGGAACUUGAGAGAACGUUAAAAUUAUAAUUCAGAGAACAGUAUCCAGAUGGCGGCACUGAUGGUAAACAUGGAGGGAGAGACGACGAAGAAAGUUACUUAACCAAAACUCAUCCCCAUUUCCGUGACUAGUGCGUUUUUAUCUUGGUCGAAGGAUUUCGAAAGUGGGCGAAUACUUUCGUCUUGCGUAACGGCACUGCCGUGGGUUGACGUUAUGGUCGGGUUUGAAGUAAUAAUGUAAUAAUUAGUAUAAUAUAUUUAAUUAUGCAUUCGCUCAGGUGACGCGAAUUUGUAAUUAAGUGAAAGUCAAUUAUGGAAAAAAAAAAAAGAAAAAAGACCUAUCGUGGAAGUACAUCGGCGAGGUGGUGGUUGCUCGCACUUUAGGCAGCUCCACGUGUGAACGUGCCCUUAAGUUCCAUUUCUGUGGCAGCGUAGAAGGACAUUAAUUAAAUGAUAAUUAAAUUAAUGAAAUAGCUCGUGCGGUUAUCAUCGUGAAUACAACGGCAAAAUCUGAUAGGAAGAAAAACUAUGGGAUAGCAAAAACCCCUCCCGAAGGAUUGCUAGGCGAUUAACGUUAAGGCGAUAUUACAAUACCCGACCUCUUCGUCUGUAAAUAGAUAUAUACUUAGCGAGAAAUUCAAACGGAACACUAAGUUCGUUAAGUUAAGAUAAAUUAACUUAAGAGACCUUAUGGCAUACAUACAACAUAGACAAUUAUUAUGAUGUAUUGAAGGAAAACAACAACAAGAAAAAUGAUUAAGUGACGCAUCGGAGUGCGAUCACUUUCUUUUUUUUUUCCGGCGAUAAAGCGCAUUUGACAUAUACGGUGUAUUUAUUAAGUUUCACUCGAAUGCGCUAUGUCGCCAUUUUGUCAUUCGAAGUGGCACACAAGCUACAUUUGCGGUGGGCCAGACUCCGACAUAUCCGCGUAAAACGAGCUAUGGGCUAUCUAAACGUUUUGAUGAUAAAAAUGUGUUAUUUUCAUUCGAGAUAUUUUUAAUGAUUCGCGGAAGAAAGUAUGAGUUAUAUUUUGUGGAUAAUUUAAAGAAAAAUAUUUUCAUGACACUAGUGUACAAAUUAUAUAAUUAUUUCUGUAUUUUUUUGUUUCUUGUUAAUACUUUCUAUAUUUUUGUCUAUACGUUGUCACGAGGUCCAGCGAGGAUGUAUUUUCUCUUUUUUUUUUUUUUUUUGAAAAUUUCUCUUAUCAAUCAAUUCGUUUAGUUAGCCCACACCGUUCGACACGUUGGAGAGACGGUUCCGCGAGCGGCUAAUCUUCCAAAUAGUGAUACAUUCCAUAGUUAAAGAGAAUAGAAAACCCAUGAGGGAUUUUGUCUAAUCAAAACUAUCGUUUCUAAAAGAAAAGAAAAAAAAGAAUGAUGACACAAGGUUAAGAAGGUUUAAGGAUGCUUAGAAGUUCUUAAAGGAGUUCUGUGAGAAUUGGGACUAUAGUGGAAAGACAAGAAGGAAGCAAACGAAUGCGGUUAAUCAGUACCACUGAAUACAAGAUUUAAAAUGAAAAAUAUAAUAAAUAUAUAUUGACCGAGCGUUGAAAACAAAAUCGGAUUCCUACCGCGCAUGCGCAAAGCGCUAACAAUGAUUUUCAUUCACUUUCACGUCGAUAGGACGCUGAACUUUUUGUUCAACAUAUUCAAGGUGGGUCGUGUGGUUAUGCUGAAUGAAGGCUAUACGAAUAUGUGUGCGACCUGUGAACCGAGCAUAAAGCAGUGACGUACGUCUAUUAAAUAUUUUGGGGCCACGAAACAUAAUCUAACGGAAGAAUAGAAUAAAAAUUAAAGAAUGACGGUCAGUAGAAAAUUAUGCAAAACGCAAUGGGAACGAAGGGGAAAAAAGAAUCACAUGCAAAAGUAAGGAACGAAAAAUUGAGAUAUAUUCUCGGAUUUUUCAUGUCAAUAUUAUAUAAACGCAAAUCAAAAACAGAACAAAAGGAAAGGCAAAGAUUAGGUAGAUGGCGCAACUUAUACACAUCAUUUCUUUGGCAGUCUUUAUUGUACACUUUUUUUUUUGGAAGUUUGAGGGAAACACUGGAUAACGAGAGGAACUUCAUGAUCGACAGUAUGAAUGGGAAAGUAUGAAGCAACGAAUGAGUAACGGAGUGUCUUUGUGUGUGUGUGUGUGUGUGUGUGUAUGCAUUUGACAAUGAGAAGCUGUGGGAAACGAUGAAAAUGAAAGAUGACAGAUAUAGAAAAGAGCAUUAGGGACCAAGAUAUAGGGCAAAAUGCUUGGUGCUGAAUGUCACAGUGGAUCGUUAUGUUAUCUUCUCAAAAUUGAUAUCAAGUUAUUGAAUUUUUUCAAAAAGGAUACAAGUUUCAUUAAAUUCUUAGUAAAUACCGAUUAGCUGAUUACGGCUUGGCUAGGUGCAUUAACGCUUGAAAAUGGAAGGGAAUGAACGGGGGGGGGGUUGAUGGAAGACACAAGAGAUAUUUGAAAGAAUGUUAAGAAGGUCCUUUAAACGGACGUAUACAUCUAAUUAUUUAUAAUAUUUAUAAUUUUAUAAUACUGGGCAUUCGUAUAGAAUAGAUAUGUUGAACUUCAAAACUGUUAUUAAUAAAUGCGUUGAGUUCCUA